GAUCAGACGACAUCAGUUUAUUUAUUUCCUCGUCUUUUAUGUAAAGACUGUUGGCAUAAACCUAAAUUCCAUGAAAUUGAAUCGACCUUUGCUACGACACAAGUUAACUGAAACAUAACUGCAAACGACUUUGUCGCAAACCAACAACAACGCGAACGAAAACGGAACGCAACGGACCGACUUUGCUGGCAGGGAGGAGGGAUCCAGCGCGCAGUACAAAGACGAGUUCCGGCUUUCCGUUACAACUCUCCAUUGCAUGCGUCACGGUCCCUCUGGACGCCCCUUCACACGGUCAUAAUUACAGUACACCAUGGAUAGGUUGGAAAGGAGCGCAAUCGAGGAAGAGGCGUCCGUCGAUGAGCGGCUUCAGAACGUUAAGAAACUGGUACAAAAGGCAACACAGGAAGCCUUCCAGUCAUCAUUGGCAACGGCUGGAAACUUUGUUGAGAAUGAUGACCCCAACGCUUCCUUUCAUCUGGGUAUGGAUCUCUUUGGACAAGAACCCAGCGUGAUUGAGAAGAAGCUGCAGGACAAGCUUGCCACCUUGGAACGCGAUGUUCAGGAGGUCCUGGAUACUCUUUCAGAAGCGAAGGGUUCUGGGGAGACGUUAGAGGCAGAACUUUCCGCCUACCAAACACCGCAAGAACUCGAGGGGGAGGCAGCAAAACUCCGAGCGAAGAUUGCGUUUCUGCAGGAGUGUAGCGAGGCUCGAAAAGCCUUGGAUGAAUCCAUUACGUUGGCAUCUCCGGCAAUAUCCAAUGCCAACGAGGAUCUCGUGCAAGCCACGACGCACUUGAUGGAAGCCCAGCGUCACAUUCAGCAAGCUAGAACUGUAUUAGAAGAGCAGGAGGUAGCUCAAGGGGCAACCCCCGCCUUGACUUUGGCCCAUCGAAUGAUGGACGAAAUAAAAUUUGCGAUCCGGCGACAUAAAGUCGACAUUUUGGGACGCGUAAAAUCGACCUGGAUUGAUUGUGUGACUCUUACCUCAACCUCGCUUGUAGUCCGCAAUACAACCGACCUGGCCACAGCGUACGACGUAAUGGAGAUUUUGGCUGCCCAAGGCGACCUCACGAGGGACGCCUUGCUGCGCAAGUUCACCAAGUCGCUGCUCCAGGAUGUCUGGCGGCCUUUGUUGGAACGGCAUCGCUCCGGAGGCGUUCGGGAGCCUUGGACGACCCGUGCGUCCGAAGACAGCCCCCGUCCAUCGACUGCACAAGUUGUAUCUAACAGACAGAAAGGCACUACCUGGCGACUAGAAUGGGAGCGCGACGAUGACACUCUUCUCAUUGAUUUGGACGGAAAAGAACCUCCAACCUCAUCUGUUGCUGACUGGAAAGGAACGUUUUUGUUUUUACAAACAGUUUCUGUAUUUGUCGCCCAACAUGUCCUGCAAUUGCGUAAGCCUUUAUGUCAGUGGGUUGGGCUGAAUUUGAGUGCGCUGGGCUUGGAAAGCUGUCGUAUCGGGGACGACAACGGAAUGCUAAUGGAGCCGCUUAUGGAAAUCUUGGCCGAAACGACCAUUCCAGAGUAUCUUGGUCCUGACGAAAUGUCGCCCAAGCUGGACGAGAUCUCGGCAGAGCUUGACUCGUUUAUUGGACCGUUCUUGCGAGACUUGCUGCGUGUACAAAUGGUUGGGCCGGAAAACACACGUUUGGAUAAGUUCGUUGCCUUAUUUGAGCAGAAAUACAGAUACCGGACUUUAGAAAAUGAUGUGGACGAUGGAAUGGCAGUUUUUAUGUUGCACAAGUCGAGUAUUUCCGAGACUGCAGCAAAACUCAUGUCCCUUUGUCGCAACGUUAUGGACGAGGUGGUGGAACAAAAACCAUCCACAAGUGAAUCACCUCUGGGGUUGCUUCCGGCAACACUCUAUCGUGCUGCCCGGGAGAUUCUCGAUUUAUAUCGGGCUAUCAUCCCAACAACCCAUGCUGGCGAGAUCCAUAACGUUCCCCGUACAGCUGCGGUGCUGCAUAACGACGGUGUUUUUUUUGCCCAUCACUGUUUGGCACUUGGUUUGGAGUAUAAAAGGGAAAUGUCAGCAUUAUAUCCCAACGAUACGCAAGCCCAGCUAAUUAGCCAAUCCUUCAUGUUUGCGGAUUUGGUUCCUUUGUUCCGAAACAUGGCCGACAGAGCGAUGAAGGAUAUGAUCUCACGUCAAGCUGACCAACUUGUUGAGCUGGUCGAACCCCGCAUUACAUACUUGGGAACCGCUCUUCAGUCAGACGAAGUCCUGGCCGAAUUCUCCGACGCCGAGCAGGCUUUCGAGGCCGGAGUGUAUCACCUCCGUCAUUUAGUUCAUGCUUGGAAACCUGUCUUAUCGAAAGAUGUGUUGAACCGUUCUAUUUGCUAUCUUGCAGACAUCAUGUUUACUUUGUAUUUGGAUCAGCUUGCUAAGGCAUCGAAUAUCAGUGAAAAUGCUACGCAUUUUGUAAGCAAUUUGUUUCGCCAGGCUUCUAUGGACAUCAUUGGAUUUCUGGAUGGAGACCAUUCCGCCUCUCGGGUUUGGGACCGAUUCACUGCGAUUGGGAUAUUCAUGGAGAUGUCUUUAUCGGACAUUCAAGUGGCAUUGAGCGAGGGUGUUUUUCUAAGCGUUACGGGUCAGGAGUUAACGCGGCUUGUCAAAGCUACCUUCGACGAUUCACCAAAGAGACGACAUCUUCUCGCUCUUCUAUCGUCGUGA